AUGGCGUCCCCAGCCGGGCGUCCUCCGCCUGUGGCUCCACCAUCGUCAGGCGCCCCGGAACCCCCUGCGCCCCAGGACGGGCGCGAGGGGCGCGAGGGGCCGGCCACACCCCCUCCACACCGCAGCCCUGGCUGCAGCCACGCGUUGCUGUGCUUGCCCGCUUGCGUGUUCAUCGGGGCCAAGACCCAGACGGGAAAACCAUCGCACGGCGUGGCCGGGAGAAACAGCUCCGAGUGGGACUCCGCGCGCGACGCAGCCCGUCUGCACCCCCCAAACACGGCAGUCGCAGAGAGGGAAGGCCAGGAGCCCGGCGAGGAAGGUCCUCCGGGCCCCAUAUGCUUUGAGAAAAAAGAACAGAGCGUUUUGAUCAAAGCAACUGCGCUGAGAGCACGGAGCCCCCGGAAACAGAGAAAGCCCCGAGCCCCGGGUCCUGGCCGUCGCACGCGUCCUCCGAGCUUCUCCCGUCGCUGCUCCUCCAAGGACUUCUGCUCGCGGGUCGGCCGGACGUGGGCAAUCGGGUCCCCGAGAGGCACCCACGGAUCCCCUCCCCGGGCCCUCAUCGUGGGCACGGCACGGCUCCACGCAGGGGACUCUGGCCGCCGCCCGACAGCCGAGGGGCAGUUCCGCUUCCACGCGCGGGUCCCCGGGUCCCCUGAGGCGUCGCGACGUCUCCUCUGCUCGCCUGGGAGGCGGCGCUCGCUCCGCCGGAUCGGAGCUGGGACAGGCGCGGCCGGCCGGCUGUGCCCGCGCGGUCCUGGGGCUCCGGGGUCCCCGUGCUCUCGCGCCCCGAGCCCGUCUCGGACCCCUUUCGGGGAAGGCGGAAGGCCUUUUGUUCGUGCCUUGGUGGGCCCGGUGGGCUUGGCCCCUGCGCGUGCUCUUCCUGGUCUCUCUCCUCACGACGCCCUCACUCCUGUUUUCUUCCGUCGCCCCCCAAGGAAACGCCCUGGGUUUGGAGGAACUGCGCUAAGACAGACAGCCAACACACGGCACGGGGAUGAUUGAUUGCCUGCAUUAAAAACAUGACAUCAGAUUGCUACCGUAUGCUAUACGUAAAAAUCAAUAUAUAAGGUGAUGGAUUAAAGAUUUCAGUGUAAAAGGACAAAGUUUAAAGUAUUUAGGAGCAUUUAUGACCUCAGAGUAGGGAAGAAUUUCUUAAACAAGACACAAAAACUGCUGACCAUAAAAAAAAUUGAUAACUAUUAUGACAUCAUCCUUAAGAACUCUGUUUAUCAAAAUGAUGCCGUAGAGAGAGUAGAACGGUAAGCCACAAAGUAGAGAAGGCAUUUGCAACACUUAAAUAAAAAGGAUUAUGAUUCAAAAUA